GCGAGCAGCCGUCGCUCACAGGCGCGGGGGUAGCCGGGAAAGGACAACUUCGUCACUCCCGCCGCUGAAGGUGUCCGCGGCCGCCGCUGCUGGUUCGGGCCACACCUCUACGCUCCCGCGCUUUCCCUUCCACAUUUCCUUCUCAGAGAAUUCUUGCCCUCCUUUGGGUUCAUGGUCUAUGCUUCCAAGGGUCUGGAAACUGCUGGAAGGAGCCGGGGCUCACCUCUGCGGGGGGCAGGCUGGAGGCGGCGCUGAUCGGGACAGAACGGUCGGAGGUGUCUGAGUGGUAAUGGUAAUAGUAACGAUAAUUAUAAAUAUCUGAAGAGAUUUCCUGAGCGUGGAGUGUUUUUUCAAAACCACCCUUGCACGGUGCGGUGUUUGUUGAAAAAAAUGUUUGGGAGAUUGACUUUUCCACAACUGCUUUUUGCUAGCAUCCUUGGAAUCGCUGGAGGAUUAUAUAUUUAUCAACCCAUGUUUGAACAGUAUUCCAGAGAUCAGAAGGAAUUAAAAGAAAAAUUGAAAUUGGCACAAGACUCAGAAGAGAAGAAAAAUUAAUACUACAUGGAGUUGAUCUGUAAUUGCUUAAAGUUCCAUUGAAAUUAUGCUUUGACUAUAAGCUAGUAAAAACUUGUCAAAUAGUUUUAAAUAUUAAUAAAUAAUACAUAAUGAUUUUAAAUGCUUUUUAAAACUA